GUAACCUCGGCAUGACCUUUUCAAGAUGGCGGCGCUCAGGGGAAGGACGAAUUGGAGCGCCUUAUGCCGAUAUAUUUGUGGGAAUAAAGAAAACCCUGUAUUAUUUUUCUUUAAAGAUGGUCAUGCCAAGAUUUCUCACCGGCAGCUGUCAUGUAUUCACUCUCAACACGGUAGAUCUAGUACGCAUUUGAUUAGAACUGACUUCAUGAAGUGUCACCAUGGCCCUCGUGUUUUGGUAUCUUCAAUGGCGGUACGCCACAGCAGUUCCCAGGUGCCAGUCGAAGGGCCCUCAAAAUCUGAUGUUCCUAUCCUUGACCAACUUGCAGAGACAGCACCAACUCUUCUGGACACAACAGCAGGCGCAGAAGCUAGUCUGGUAGAGCUAGGUCUGGGAGGGUAUACUCCUGUGGGGCUUAUCCAGAACCUCUUAGAAUUUCUUCAUGUAGGUGUUGGGCUACCCUGGUGGGGGGCCAUUGUGUUUGGUACUGUUACAGCCAGAUGCUUGAUCUUUCCACUCAUUGUGAAGGGCCAGCGAGAGGCUAUAAAACUGAAUAACCAUCUUCCCGAAAUGACAAAAAUAAGUAACCGGAUGAAUGAGGCUAAGCGAAGUGGUAACAAAUUUGAGUUCUCCAAAGCAUAUUCUGAUAUGAUGUUAUACCAGAAGAAGCAUGAUGUUAAUCCACUUCGAGGGUUCUUAGUUCCUUUAGUACAAGCACCUGUCUUUAUCUCAUUUUUCGUUGCACUUCGGAAGAUGGCUUAUUUGCCAGUUCCCAGCAUGCAGACUGGUGGAACAUUGUGGUUUACUGAUCUCACUAUGGCUGACCCCUAUUAUAUUCUCCCCUUGGCAGUGACUGGUACGAUGUGCGCCAUUAUAGAGCUGGGAGCAGAGACUGGUGUUGACAACCCCAACCUAAGGGCAAUGAAGACAGUCUUUAGAAUCAUGCCAAUUGCCAUUCUACCUUUUACCAUUUCCUUCCCCACAGCCAUUUUCACUUAUUGGAUGACUUCCAACAUCUUCUCCCUAGCGCAAGUUAUGCUUCUAAAGGCGCCUGCAGUGCGGAAGAAGUUAAGAAUACCAGAAAGAGUCAAACAUGAUACAUCUGUUCUUCCAACGCAGGAAGGCUUCUUCAAGAGCUUAAAGACAGGUUGGAAAAAUGCACAGCUUGCUCACCAGCUGGAGGAGAGGGAGCAGAAAAUUAAAAAUCACUUACAGUUGGCGGCUAAAGGACCACUGAGACAGACGUUUACCCAGAACCCACUUCAGCAACAUGUGCCCCAAGCUGGACCUCCAGGAAAUGCUACAGUUGCGCAAAACAAGACAAAGAAGAGGCCCUGGGAAGAUACAAUAGGCUGAGCAACAGUUUUAUGUCUUCAUUACGGACUCCACAUUUUAUCUGUUCACUUCCAAACCGGAAAUCUCACCAUUGAAGCAUUCGAUGCAAAUCCAUCCUGAACAGCUCGAUUAGGCUACUCCACACCUCUUUUUGAUUUUGUUUUGUCAUCUACAUGUUGGAAACUGUUUUUGGAAAACUGCAAAAUGUCCAAUCUUGGCUUUAUAUAAGGUGAUAGACAGACACCCCUGUUGAACCUGUCAUACAACAUAUUCUGUGUCAAUAAGUGGGCAGUAAAAAUAUCAGAAUAGAUACGAGUUCUUAGUGUGUUUUUACUGGCCUUCUAUUUCACUCUGUCAGAUGGAGAUCUUUCUUUCAAAACAGUAGAUUGCUCUUCUUUAAUAUGGAACUGUGAGCUGAUAAUGAAUGUAACGCUUAACGUGAGCACUCUUUUCAUACACUCAGGGAGGAGAAGUGUUUUUAUUAUUCAUUAGGUUUACGUGAGGAAAUUAUCACUUAGAUUUGACAUUGACAUUUUGAUGGUCUGUUUGUAUAAAACUCUUCCAACUGAAUGCAGUAUUUUUAUGUUAUUUGACUUCACAGAGGUAGGUUUGAUAUGAUAGGAGAUGCCCUUUGUUCUGUAGCACAGUGAACCUGAUGCGUUUCUUAAGAACUGCUAUUGCUGAUUGUGAGGCCUUGUCGACACAAAGGCCUACGGCUACACCUGUCCACUUAGCAUGGCAGUUUGUUGACUCACUUUGGCUGUACGGAAUAAAUUUGUGGAAGGUCUUGUUUGUGUUUCUCUCACUUGUACACAUACAUGGAGAGAAGAACGCAAACAGAUGAGGAAAUAAAUUUAGGUCUGGUGUAGUAGCUUUAAGCAGACUCUGUUUGGAAUCCCUUAUUGAAAUGUUGUAUGGAUGCUUGUUCUCCCCAACCCAGGCUGAGCUUUUUCUACCAUGAAAACUUUAUUCUUUUUUGUUUUUUGUAUGCCAGCUGAGAGUUCACACUACACUAUUCUUAAGACCAUAUUUCAUUUCUCAUUAAUGUAAAAAAGAUGAAUUAGAUAGGAAUCAUGUUUUAUUCCAUGGCCAGUGGUCUCCAGUUGCCUGCUAUUGUCCAUUAUGAAAUCAAAGAAUGUUUUUCAUUUCUUUCUGGACCAUUUUAGAGGUCGCUGUAGUACCGUUCCCUUUGAGACGCUGCCGAUGAAAUGAGCAGUGCCGUUUCACACAGUGGCCAUUGCUGCUUUCUAACACCAUAGCUGGAUGGAUACCUGCAUUCAUUAAAUAAAUUCACUUUUAGAAAGUGUUAUUUGUACACUCAUUUCCUUUUUAUCUAAAGCUAGAGUUUGGUUGAAGAAUUCAAAAUAUUCAGUGUAAAAGUCUGCAAUAAUAGGAAGGGGACAAACACUCUGUGAUGUUCUUGUCCAAAUGUACAGUAUAGUAACAGCCUGAGGCCUACUGUGCAAACUGCUCAUUCUGGAGAACUUUGUGUCCAGCACCCCCUGCCCAGUCACACUCUUCUAGAGAUGUGAACAGGUCGUCGUUCUCGGCUUUAUGUUCUCUUUUUUAUUUAGUCAUCUGAUUAGAGUGGUGUAGUUUGGCCGCAGCUUUGUGUUUUGAUUAGGGUGUUGUAUCAUCAGCAGAUACGAAGUUCACAGCCUCUCCUGUCAAGUGGACAUGUUUAUGUGGUGUAUCAGGAGAGGAGGGAGAUGAAGGGUAACACUUGAGGAAUGUCUGAGCUCAGCUAUUGGACCAGAAGGAUUUAAGCAAAUGAUUAAAGUCAGUACAUAUUAAUAUAUAUUUUUUGUUGCAUUACUGUACUUUCAGUAUGUUCUUUCUACAUUUUUUGAAAAUAAUGGAAUCUCUUGGAUUUUGGGAAAGUACAAUUCUGUUUAUUAUGAUUUAGGUUGCCUUUUUAAUUAUCUAUUGAUCAUAAUGUUACUCAGCGAUAUGAAAUUAGUUGUGCAUGGUUCAAAUUAGUGUGAUAACUUGAUUAGGACCAGGGUGUUGUUACUUCGCAGCCAUAGGCCAGUGAUCAUUGUCUGAGCCCCCAUUUACUUAACACUGGGCUUUUUAUGGUUUAUGAUUGAAUUUUAAUAGAUGAAUAAUAGACUGCCCCUUUUCAGUCAAUCAAAGCUGAUUUUGAAAUGAGAAAGCUUUAUUUAACCUUCGUCAAGUAAACAGAGACGUCUCAGACAGUUGUUUCAUUUUAUUCUUCUCUUGCCGAGGUUGCAUGUGGUUGUGCCACUGAAUAAAAGGAAGUUU